AUGAUACAACCCAAAACGAACUCUGCGGGAUUGAAAACCCAACAUUGGUCCCAAGUGAACAUUCUCAUGCUCAUCAAUCCAUUGCAUCGAUUGUUGACAUUUCACCAAAAUGUUAUUCAUGCCGGGCACAAUUCACCCAUGGGAAGACUUCACACAGACCUGAUCAAGCGACUGUCGGUGCUCCAACAGGAAUCAGUUGCUUUCAAGGACUUUGUGAGCUUCCUCUUUAACGAAACCAAUGACGCUCUAUUGAGCGAAUACCGAGAGUUUUACUACCCAAUCUCCACUAUGUGCCAACCCUGUCAAAUCGAUUACCAAUACAUUGUGAACUUUGAGGAUCCUGGCACUGUCAGCUCAUUGCAACGACUAUUUGACAAUCGUGGGCUAACGUUACAUUCCAGGAAUGGCACUCUUUUUGCACAGGGAAGACGUCAAUCUAAAAUGAUGAGGAAAUCGAGAUUGUAUGAGCUGAAUCCGUUGGAUAUCAGGAAGGUCAUUGAGUUUUAUGAAAGUGAUAGGAAACUGCUAGGUGUAGGGCUGUGGUGA